GUCCACCACCAUGGCCACGGCCGUUGCCGUUCUGUCCGCCCCGCCCUCUGGAUGACCCGUGACCGCCUCUGCCACGGCCUCUGUGGGCUCUGUUGGCACGUACAGCAUCCCGAGCUAUGCCCAGGUGCCAGCACUCCCCAGUCGAGCGAUUCGACAUGCCACAUAUGUCGCAUUUGGUGGAGUUGCUGUUGGUCAUCACCUCAUCGCGGGUCAUUGCAGAGUGAGCGACGGGGGGCAUGACAGACUCGCCAUUGUUGGUCAUGACUAUGUCGUUCUGUGCGCCGGCAGCUGAGCUGCUCGUGUUCGCAUUCUGUGCAGACCUUGGCAGGUUCUGGUCACAGUGGUUGCGCAGCAACUGCUGAAACGCAGCGAAGUUCUUGUUCGCCUCGUUUUCUGGUUGCAGAUUGAGGAAGGCCAGGGGUUGUUGGUAUGCCUGUUUGGGCAUGAUGGCCUUGACGGCGGCUAUUUUGUCGGACCAAGCCAUACACGAGCUUCUCGUGCUGUUCGUCCAUCUUGGCGCGCUGAGUCUCGAGGGACUUCAGCUGCUCGAACCUGCCGAUCAUGUACCCGAGGUUUGGCUCGAGAUUGGAUGCAUCGCCCUUCCACUGGUACGUGCGGAUGAGGGUGUGCAGCUUCGACAACUUAGAGGGUGACACCUGGUUGUACUUAGCCAUCAGAGCUCGCCAAGACAGCCAUCCAUCCACCUUUAACAGUGGGUCUUUGUCUUCCUCUGCUGCCUCUAUCUGUGCGUUUUUCACCAGAUUGAAGGCAGUGUCGUUGCCCUUGCAGGCAGUCAAGAGCUCAGCGUGAAGGAGAUAACGCUUGUGGAUCUCGUCCUUCUGCUGCCUGCUCAGCGUCUCCCACUCCGCGUGCUCUUGGUUGUAAGCAUCAGUCCACAGGCCAGUCUCGGAGUCGUUUUCUACUUCAGGCCUGUCGCCGACUUCUGUCAGCUGGGGUCUCUCGUGAUGCACCUCGUCAGCCACGACGUCAGCCAAGCCAUUGAUCGACGCCCACGACUCAAAGUGCGUCUUCCACUUCUGGAAAUCAUCCCCGUAAGCCUUGAACUCACUAGGAAAUGCCCAUGGACGUAUCUUUGAGCUAGUGUCAUCGCUUCCGCCUUCAUUGCCACACACCCAACGACCAACCAGCAAGGUAGGGAUGCCUAUGAGUACGAGCAGCUUGACAAACACAUCGAGUGUGUGUCUGCAUCCUUUCUGUGUCAGGUUGGCUGGUGAGAUUGGCAGCGCGUGCACUCGUGGCAGUAUCACGCCGACGAUGAGCAAGAGCAGUCCAGUGUAGCCCAGACCAGUUGCUCUCUGGUUAAUAUACCACACAGCCAGGAUAGCGAUAGACGGAUAGACGAUAGCUGUCAUAGUCAGGUUGACGACAAACGUUGCUGCGCACCCUAAGUAAGAUGCCACAUAGCUGACGAAUGCCGUUGUCAUAGCAGUCAUCUGCGUCACCAUGGUCGUCAGGGUCGUCAGUAGAUACCCCACAUAAACAGCCACAUAAACAACCAGCAGAUGGACCACAUAAUAGACAAUAAGCACAACCACACAGCUUGUCAGGAAAGGCAGCAUAACAAAGCACCACGUGACGUAGCAGCCUCGCGCGACUUUGUUCAGCCAUUUCAGGAACCUCCAUGUCCUCUGUUCUGACAUCAAC